GGAGUGGCGGCCUCGGCGGUGGAUUGAGCGGGUCUGAGAGAGGUUCCCAGAGGGCUGCGCGUUCCGGCUUCUCGGCGCUGUCAUGGCGGGCUUGCUGAAGAAGACCACUGGCCUGGUGGGAUUGGCUGUUUGUGAAACUCCACAUGAGAGGCUAAAAAUAUUGUAUACAAAAAUUCUUGAUGUUCUUGGACACAUCCCUAAAAAUGCAGCGUAUAGAAAGUAUACAGAACAGAUUACAAAUGAGAAGCUGAGUAUUGUUAAAGCGGAACCAGAUGUUAAAAAACUAGAAGAGCAACUGCAGGGUGGCCAAAUAGAAGAGGUGAUUCUUCAGGCUGAAAACGAACUAAGUCUGGCAAGAAAAAUGAUCCAGUGGAAACCAUGGGAGCCUUUAGUGGAAGAGCCUCCAGCCAGCCAAUGGAAAUGGCCAAUAUAAACAGCAUUAACUAAGUUAUCUGUUGAUAGGAGACUGAUGUAAUUAAAUAUUCUGUUAUAUGUUAAAAAAUGUUUCCAUAUUAUCUUAUCAUCAAGAAAACUGAUACAGAACACAUUUAAGCGACUUGUUAAAGUUGAUGAUGAUGGUAAUUUGUGAGUUCAGUUUUUGAUUUGUAGAGCAUUCAUUCAAAUUAUUUCAAAGGUAAUUAACAAAAAAAGGUUGUGGGAAGAUUGAAACUUAAUUGGAAAAAUUCCUAUAGAUCUUCAGUGUAGGGGCCAUAUUCGAAAGGUGAAGUAUUUUUAGUAGUAUAUUCAACAGAUGAUUUAAUUUUUUUAUUCUGGAAAAACAGAAAAGAUAAUUAUUAUUGUUUAAACAAAUUAAUAGGUCACUGUUUAAAGUGAAGUAGUAAGGAAAAAACCAUCAAAUUAGAAUUGAUCCUACACUUGGAAAAAUUGAUUUGGUAUUUGAAAGAAAGGUUAUAUUUAUAGUAGUAGUUGGAAAAUCUGUUCCUUUUGUCUCAUUUAAGGAAAUUAGUUUUUUGGCCCUUAGUCCUUAGCUUUUUUGAUAACCAAAGUAUAUCAGGAUAGAGAGAGAAUUUCUGUAAGAGACACUAAGAGUUCCUAACGUUUAUCUGACAUACAGAUAGGCUUAUAUUCAGAACAUCUUAGUUGUAUGCUUAUAACUUCAAAGUGGAAUCGUUAAAUAGUUUUCACUAAUUUUCAGUAUAAGUGCAGUUGGAUAUCAAACAAGAUAACUGCUGUUCAAAGAAAGAAGCAGUUUGGUAAGUUUAAGGUUAAACAAAAAUAAAAUUACUUUUCAUUUGU